AUGUCGAUAAUCUUUCGAAUAAAAGGACUCAAUUUUUAUUUAUCUUCUCCAUCAAUAAAUAGUUCUGAUCAAUGUUCAUCAUCAAAACAACAACAACAACAAACAAUUGAUACAUGGACGGAAAUUAAUCGUCGAAAUGAAAAUCUUCUUCAUCCAGUUAAAACUAAACAAACAUCACAAACACAAAAUGAUUUAUCAAAUAAUAAUAAUAAUAAUACAUUUAAUGAUUUAUCAACUAAACCAUUUUAUUUAAAUUCUUAUCAUAGUUAUCGUCCUUUACCACAAUCAUCAUUACAAUCUCUAGAUGAUCAAAUAAAUAUGAAUCCAUCAAUUUAUAUUAAUAAAUAUAUUAAUAAACAAUCAUCUAUUCUAUCAAUUAAUAAUCAAUCAUCUAUUUUAUAUGGAAAUAGUAUUAUUAAAUCUAAUAAAGCUUCAGUUUUAAAUAUAUUUGAUCAACAAUUAUUCGAUGAACAUUCUUCAAAUACUUAUGUUAAUAAACAUGGAAUUAUAAUUGAUGAAGAUGGUCCAUUUUGGCCAGAAAAUUAUCGUAUUCUUCAUCCAACACCUAAAUUACUUAGUCGUGAAUUUACACCAAAAGAAUUUUAUUUAACAUCAUCAAUGUCAAGUAAGAAUAGA